UGUCGCCUUAUUUUGAUGAAGCCUUCAAAGACAGUCGACUCCUAAAUCCCGAGCAGAUGGGGAGGCCAGAAAUAGUGUUUUUCCCCGCUGUCCGGCCAGUGGUGAUGUCGAAGGGGAGAUGGAUAGACUCCUAAAUAGUAGAUGGAGAUCACCCUUUACUUUACUGUCGCCGUGACCGAAGCAGCUUCACUCCGAGUUGAUUGGCUGAUGAGCUACAACAGAAGUGAACUUCGGCCGCUCCCAGAUCUGGAACUGGGCGUCUGUGUGGUAAGUAGGCUAAAAUACACGCUCUGACUGAAAUAUGAACCGCAUCCGGCCUAGCUGACUUUAGGAUGUUUUACAUUGCUAGGCAGCAAGGAAGGCAGAGACAAAAAGACACGUACCACGGACUGAACAGAUGGGAUCCUCCAAACAGAUGCCAUUGUUCCGAAAAAGUUAGAUUGCAAGAAGAAAGAUCCAAAAGACGCUAUGGCUGACGAUGUCUGUGGACUCAGAUAAGUCCCGCAUGCUGCUGUCACCGCGAGACUCGCGGACCACGCCAUGUGUCUUUCAACCGGCUGAGGAGAAGGAUGACAUCCCCGGUGUGGGGGAAGAUAGUGUUCUGGAGAUGCUGAGCUACUCCAAGUUCUCUGACCUGGAGACAUGGCUGUGCAUGCCCUCCACUCUGCUCCCCAGGGCCCUAGAGUCCACCCUGUCCACCUCCUCCUCCUCCUCCUCCUCCUCAAACACAUCCGUCCCUUCGAACCCUUGUUUCUCUACCUGCAGCGACACCGGAAGGCGGGCCAUGCCGGAAAGGCCUCAGGGGAGCGAGGUGGCGUUCCUCAAAGCAGCGCUCGGGACGGAAACCCCCUUCCUCAUGACACCCCUCGGCCCCAUCCUCUCCUCCACCCCCUGCUCGGCCGUUGGCACGGCGACGACCUCCACCUCGCCGACGACCUCCACCUCGGGAAAGACCCCUACAUCUGCAAUGAGCUCCGUCUCUGCACAGAUCCCCACCUCGGCAAAGACCUCCGCCUCGCUGAUGACCUCCACCCCUGCAAAGAUCUCCACCUCAUCAAAGAACCGCCUCACCUCGUCGAAGACCUCCACCUCGCUGAUGACCUCCACCUCGCCAAAGAUCUCCACUUCGUCGAAGACCUCCACCCUGCCGAAGACCUCCACCUCCGCCUUGCCGAAGACCUCCACCUUGGGGAGAGCCUGUGCCUUGACCUCCGCCUCGGGGAAGACCUCGACCUCAGCAGAGACUUCCCCCAGCCCCUCCACCUCGCCGGCGGAGCCCGUCCCCUCCCUCCAGGGAGGGGUCAGUGUCAGGAAGCGCCGACGGCUGGGGGCCAGUCCUGGUGGGCUUCGCUGGAAUGCCGGAGGCUCCGUUCUGCGUGACUUCGGGGCCCUGGAGCCGUCUCCUGUGUCGGGCCCCGGGGCCAAUGGGGGGACAGGAAGACCAGCAGCAGCACGAGGAGGACGAGGAGGAGGAGGAGGAGGAGGAAGUAGAAACCGAGUUGCGAGUGGAGGAGGAGGAGCGGCGUCAACGGCGUCGUCAUCGACGGUGGAACCGGCGGUCCCGGCGAGAUCUGAGGAUCACGCGGCGCUGCGGAAGGCGGUAUCCGUUGACGACCGGCUGCUCAGGCCGCCUGGCUGGGACCUGCAGCAGGCCGGGUUCCUGGGUCACCUGGAGAAGGGCAGGAAGAAGCUCCGCGGCAUCCAGAGUCUAGGGACGACCGGCCGCUACGAGACAAAGAAGAAAUCGGAGAGUAAGAUCUCACGCCUGGCCCAGAAGUGGAACCGGCGGUCUGAGGGGGAUGCUCUGAUCAAAGACCUGAGACCCCUGUUCUACACGGGAGCCUGUGGAACCUCUCUUAGCCUGGACAGCAGAAGGUUUCCCGUCAGCAUGACCCAGCCGAUGCAGAGCCUGCAGCUGACCCAGAGCAGGAAGGCUCCGGGGGGCCCGGCGUCCCCGAGCGCCGCCAAGCGCCUCUACCGGAACCUCUCGGAGAAGCUGAGGGGCAGCACAUCCUCCUUUGAGGAAACAUACUUCUUCGGCAAGUCGGACCGCCUGCGCAAAGCAUCGACUAUGCAGGGCAGCGACUGCAUCCUGGAGGCGGUGGAGCAGCAGGACCUGGACACUGUGCAGAUCCUGCUGUACCAGUACACGGCCGACGAGCUGGACCUCAACACCCCCAACAGCCAGGGCCUGACCUCCCUGGACAUCGCCAUCAUGACCAACAACACCCCCAUCGCCAAGCUCCUGCUGAAGGCCGGCGGCAAGGAGAGCCCCCACUUUGUGAGCGUCGAGAGCCGCGAGGCCCACCUGAGCUCCCUGGUGGUGGAGGCGGAGCGGAGGGCAGACGAGCUGGCCAUGCAGGCCCAGAAGGAGGGCCUGUCCCUGGACGCCUGCCACAAGGACAAGCAGCUCCGCGCCUGGGAGUGGAGGAGCAAGCUGUACAAGCGCAUGCGCACCGGCUUCCAGCACGCACGUGCCCCGGAGACCCCGUCUCUGGUUCGGCUGAACGUGAGCAGCAGUACCUCGCUGACCGUCACCUUCCAGGAACCCCAGUGUCUCAACUCCACCGUGGUGACCAAGUACAGAGUUGAGUGGAGCUGUCUGAAAGAUUUCUCUCUUCUGGCUGGAGAGAUGGUGUUGGACAACCUGCAGACUUUGAAGUGCAUCAUCAACGGCCUGACGACGGGGCGGUUGUACUAUGUCCGGGUCUCUGCGUACAACAUGAAGGGCUGGGGCCCCACGGCACCUUCCCUUCCUCCAUCUGCUGCACCCUCCAACUGGCGGGACGGGGAUGGAACAGAGCCCAGGAGGCGGGGCCAAGUCGAGGCCAUGGAGCGUCUGCUCCAGCAGGUCCGGGCCACACACACACACUACUGCUGCGGAGACUCCUCCAAGCUUCAGAACCCGAGCAGGAAGCAGUCCGUCUCAAGGAGUCUCAAACACCUCUUCAACUCUUCCAACAAGUUUGUGAAAACAUUGAAAAGGGGGAUCUACCUGGCUGCUGUGUUCUAUCACAAAGACAGUCUGCUGGUGACGGCUGAGGACCAGAUACCCAUCGUGGAAGUGGAUGAUUCCUAUAGCAGCUCCCUCAUGCAAGAUUUCCUCUGGUUUACCAAGCUGUCGUGUAUGUGGGAGGACGUGCGGUGGCUGAGACAGAGCAUGUCCGUCUCCAUGUCCUCCUCCUCCACCCUGCAGGCCCGACACAAGAUGCUCACCGCCGCCGGGCAGCUGCAGAACCUCCUGGGAACUCACAACCUGGGCCGGGUGCACUACGAGCCCAUCAAGGAUCGCCACGGCAACGUGCUGCUAGUGACGGUGCGCGACAUGGAGAGCCAGUACUCGUUCUUCAGCGGGAAGUGGAUGCAGGUGACCAAGCUGCAGAGCCAGAGGAAGUCCCUGUCCACGCCGGAGGAGCCCUACGCCCUGGACAUCCUCAUCAUCACCAUACAGGACAUCCUGUGGUACCAGCGGCGCAGCGCCCACCGGCUCUCCCCAGGCCUGUACCUGGGCUACCUGAAGCUCAGCAGCUCCGUGGACCAGAUCAAGGUGCUGGUGUCCCAGCGGUCGCCCAACAUGCUCUGUCACGUGCGCGUCCGGGAGAACGCCAACGUCUCCAGGGAAGAAUGGGAUUGGCUCCAGAACCAGUCUGUCACAGAGGAGGCAGAGAAGGAGGAGAAGACGGAGGUGGAGGGUCAAGGGGCGGAGGCUGAGGACGAGGGGGCGGGGCCCAGGAUAGAUGGCCACACCCCUUUGCUGUACUACGAACUGCAGACGGCCCUAAAGUCUUUGCUGAAGGUGAUCAACCUACCUCUGCUCCAGGCAAAGCAGUUCCGCGUGUACGGCCAGGAGGUGCUGGAGCUGGGCCACGGGGUCUCCUUCCUGCUGCUGCUGCCCUCGUCGGACGACGUGUGCACCGCCCCGGGACAGGCCAACGCCUACACCCCCCACUCCGGCUUCCUCCACCUCCCGCUGCAGAUGUUCGAACUAGGUAGGGACACACACACGGAUACGUUAAGUAGCGAGGUGCAGUGA